UCAUCAUUAACCUCACACACCCACACAUGCUAAUAAUAUUCUUUUGAUUAUAUGUAUUAUUCUUUACCUUUUUAUUUUAUUUUUUAAUUCUCUUAUCUUACCCUGAAUUCCUAUACACUUCCAGUGCAUACUCAUCUGUCUAUAUAUAGAUUUAUUAAUUAUAUCGAAAAUCAAAGCUACAGCCUAUAGCUCAGACCAAAAUUUGAACUUUACAACCAAAAAAAUAAAAAAAGCACGAAACUCACUGAGCCUGUUUUUUUCUAUUUAUUUUACCUUCUAUCCAUUGAAAAUGAUUAAAAUCUGAUUUUUUAUUUUAUUUUUAUUGUUUCUUACUGGUCUAACUCUCUCGGUGUCCCUCACUUUCUUCAUCACACGGCCGUGUUUCGAAGAUUUGGUGCCAUAUUGUGAGCUCUCUUUCUGCGGUAUUUUAGUUUUGAAAGGAGGCAGAGCUUGUGGGCUGUUAUACUUCCUCCACCAUAUUAUCACAGGCUUGCCUCGGCAAACUCCACCGUCUCACAGACGAUUUUCAAGCUUCUAUCUCCAAAUACACCUUCCAUUGUCUCUCAAAACCCAGAUGGUGAAAUGCCCUUCUUUGCUGAACGAUUUGAUCUCUCUCGCUUAGCUCACCACCACCGAUUUACCAUUUUCAAUCGCUUCCUUCACCAGGAUAUCAUAUUUAACAAUGGGUAUCGCCCUUUUGCUCAAUAGAAUCUCAGCUUCUUCAUCAACAACACCACCACAACCGUCUCUUUCCCUUUUGAGGACGAUUCGAGGUUUGCCCAUUUUGGAACUCUCUUCAGUUUGCGUCAAUUUGACUCUUUUUCUUGUGUUCCUCUUCAUCAUCUCGGCUAGGCAGAUAUUUGUCUGUGCUGGUCGUAUUCGGAUACUCAAGGAUGAUUCAACAGCGAAUGGUAGCCCAAUCCGGCGUAAUAGUGUUGUUGAAGGAGAAAGACGGGACGUUACAAUAGGCACGGACUUCAAAAUUUCGGUAUUCUGCUGCUUCUACGUACUCUUUGUCCAAGUUUUGGAAUUGGGAUUUGAUGGAGCUUCUUUAAUAAGAAAGUCCAUUGCUAGGGAGGUUGUGGAUUGGUCUGUGCUUUGCUUGCCAGCUGCACAAGGCUUAGCUUGGUUCGUGUUGAGCUUCUCAGCUCUGCAUUGUAAAUUCAAGGCGUCUGAGAAAUUCCCUUUGCUGUUGAGAGUAUGGUGGUUUGUGUCAUUCGCGAUUUGUUUGUGUACUUUAUAUGUUGAUGGGAAAGGUUUCUUGAUAGAAGGCUCAAAACACCUGUGUUCUCAUGUUGUGGCAAAUUUUGCUUCAACGCCAGCUCUAGCGUUCCUCUGUUUCAUUGCAAUUAGGGGUGUUACUGGUAUAUGUAGGAACUCUGAUCUUCAGGAGCCAUUGCUUGAAGAAGAAGCAGGGUGUCUUAAGGUUACUCCUUAUAGUGAUGCUGGGUUGUUUAGCUUGGCCACACUUUCUUGGCUAAACUCACUUCUUUCAAUUGGGGCAAAGAGAUCGCUAGAUCUUAAGGAUAUUCCUCUUCUUGCAACAAAGGAUCGAUCCAAGACCAAUUAUAAGGUAUUGAAUUCAAAUUGGGAGAAAUUGAAGACUGAAAACCCAUCGAAGCAACCUUCUUUAGCCUGGGCAAUUCUGAAGUCAUUUUGGAAGGAGGCAGCUUGUAAUGCCAUCUUUGCAGGCUUGAAUACACUCGUUUCAUAUGUGGGUCCGUACAUGAUUAGCUAUUUUGUUGAUUACUUAGGAGGAAAAGAGACUUUCCCCCAUGAAGGAUAUAUCCUUGCUGGGAUAUUCUUCUUGGCAAAGCUUCUCGAGACCUUAACGACUCGGCAAUGGUAUCUUGGUGUAGACAUUUUGGGUAUGCAUGUGAGAUCAGCUCUGACAGCAAUGGUAUAUAGAAAGGGACUCAGGCUCUCAAGCACUGCCAAGCAAAGUCAUACUAGUGGAGAGAUUAUUAACUACAUGGCAGUGGAUGUGCAGAGAGUAGGAGACUACUCUUGGUAUCUUCAUGACAUAUGGAUGCUUCCUAUGCAAAUAAUUCUGGCCCUUGCAAUUUUGUACAAAAAUGUUGGAAUUGCUUCUAUUGCAACAUUGGUUGCCACCAUAAUUUCCAUUGUUGUUACUAUUCCUCUAGCAAAGGUACAAGAAGAAUAUCAAGACAAGCUUAUGGCUGCAAAGGAUGAGAGAAUGAGAAAAACUUCCGAGUGUUUGAGGAAUAUGAGGAUCCUCAAAUUGCAAGCUUGGGAGGACAGGUACAGAGUGAAGCUAGAGGAGAUGCGUAGUGUGGAGUUCAAGUGGCUACGAAGAGCUCUGUACUCACAAGCUUUUAUUACAUUCAUCUUCUGGAGUUCCCCUAUAUUUGUUUCAGCCAUUACUUUUGGUACUUCCAUUUUGCUGGGUGGUCAGCUCACUGCAGGUGGAGUUCUUUCUGCUCUGGCCACUUUCAGGAUACUUCAAGAACCACUUAGGAAUUUCCCUGAUUUGGUAUCAAUGAUGGCUCAGACAAAAGUUUCUCUUGAUAGAAUUUCUGGCUUCCUGCAGGAGGAAGAGUUACAGGAAAAUGCAACCAUUGUGCUGCCACGGGGUAUGACAGACAUCGCAAUAGAAAUCAGGGAUGGUAUGUUCGGAUGGUAUCCUUCCUCUCCAAGACCAACAUUAUCAGGGAUACAGUUGAAAGUGGAAAGAGGGAUGCGUGUGGCUGUUUGUGGAAUGGUUGGUUCUGGGAAAUCAAGCUUUCUCUCUUGUAUCCUUGGGGAGAUUCCAAAAAUCUCUGGUGAAGUAAAAAUAUGUGGUACUGCUGCAUAUGUUUCCCAGUCAGCAUGGAUACAAUCUGGAAAUAUAGAAGAAAAUAUUCUUUUUGGCAGCCCAAAGGAUAAACCAAAGUACAAGAAUGUUAUCCAUGCUUGUUCACUGAAAAAGGAUUUGGAACUCUUCUCACAUGGUGAUCAGACCAUAAUUGGUGAUAGGGGAAUAAAUCUGAGUGGUGGCCAGAAGCAACGGGUGCAGCUUGCCAGGGCACUCUAUCAGGAUGCUGAUAUUUAUUUACUUGAUGAUCCCUUUAGCGCGGUUGAUGCUCACACUGGAUCAGAGUUAUUCAAGGAAUACAUAUUGACAGCAUUAAAGGAUAAAACUGUGAUUUUUGUGACUCAUCAAGUUGAAUUUCUUCCUGCUGCUGAUUUGAUACUGGUUCUUAAAGAAGGCCGCAUCAUACAGGCUGGAAAAUAUGAUGAACUUUUACAGGCAGGAACAGAUUUCAAAACAUUAGUCUCAGCACACCAUGAGGCAAUUGAAGCCAUGGAUAUCCCCAAUCACUCCUCGGAAGAUUCAGAUGAAAACAUUUCUCCAGAUGGGUCUAUCACAGCUGGUAAAAGUGUUCCAGCUGCAGAUAACAUUGACAAUUUGGCAAAGGAAGUGCAAGAAGGUGUAUCAACUUCCGAUCAGAAAGCCAAAAAGAAAGCAAAACGUUCAAGAAAAAAUCAGCUUGUUCAAGAAGAGGAAAGAGUAAGAGGAAGAGUUAGCAUGAAGGUGUACUUGUCAUAUAUGGCUGCAGCAUACAAAGGCGUACUUAUUCCGCUCAUAAUUAUUGCGCAGUCAUUAUUUCAGUUCCUCCAGAUUGCUAGCAACUGGUGGAUGGCCUGGGCAAAUCCCCAAACAGAAGGGGACCAACCUAAAGUGAGUCCAAUGGUUCUUAUUGUUGUUUACAUGGCUCUAGCUUUUGGAAGCUCUUGGUUUAUAUUCAUUAGAGCUGUUCUGGUAGCCACAUUUGGUCUAGCAGCAACGCAAAAGUUGUUUUUGAAGAUGCUCAGAAGUGUUUUCCGAGCACCUAUGUCUUUCUUUGAUUCUACCCCUGCUGGACGAAUCUUGAACCGUGUGUCAAUUGAUCAAAGUGUAGUGGAUCUUGAUAUUCCAUUUAGACUGGGAGGAUUUGCUGCUACAACCAUACAACUUAUUGGCAUUGUUGGUGUAAUGACAAAAGUUACUUGGCAAAUUUUGCUUCUUGUUGUUCCUAUGGCCAUCGCUUGCUUGUGGAUGCAGAAAUACUAUAUGGCAUCGUCAAGGGAGUUGGUUCGCAUUGUUAGCAUCCAGAAAUCUCCUAUUAUCCAUCUCUUUGGUGAAUCAAUAGCGGGAGCUCCCACAAUAAGAGGAUUUGGACAAGAAAAAAGGUUCAUGAAAAGGAACCUUUAUCUUCUUGAUUGUUUUGCUCGCCCAUUCUUUUGCAGUGUUGCAGCUAUAGAGUGGCUCUGCCUACGGAUGGAAUUGCUCUCUACCUUUGUAUUUGCUUUCUGCAUGAUUAUGCUUGUGAGCUUCCCACAUGGAAGUAUUGAUCCAAGCAUGGCAGGCCUGGCAGUGACAUAUGGCCUUAACUUGAAUGCACGGUUGUCACGGUGGAUACUUAGCUUCUGCAAGCUUGAAAACAAAAUUAUUUCAAUAGAGAGGAUCUAUCAGUACAGCAAAAUUCCAUCUGAAGGUCCUCCAGUUAUUGAGGAUUCUCGCCCUCCAUCUACAUGGCCGGACAGUGGAACAAUUGAAGUAAUUGAUUUAAAGGUUCGUUACAAGGAGAACCUUCCUGUGGUGCUUCAUGGUGUAACUUGCACUUUUCCUGGGGCGAUGAAGAUUGGGAUUGUUGGUCGUACUGGAAGUGGCAAAUCUACUUUGAUCCAGGCAUUAUUUAGACUGAUCGAACCGGCAGGUGGGAGAAUACUAAUAGACAACAUUGAUAUUUCAACAAUUGGCCUUCAUGAUCUUCGUAGCCGUCUUAGCAUCAUACCCCAGGAUCCUACCUUGUUCGAAGGGACAAUUAGGGGCAAUCUUGAUCCCCUUGAAGAGCAUUCAGAUCAUGAAAUUUGGCAGGCGCUUGAUAAGUCUCAGCUUGGAGACAUAAUUCGUGAGAAAGAGCAAAAACUUGAUACGCCAGUGGUAGAGAAUGGAGAUAAUUGGAGUGUAGGUCAGCGGCAACUUGUUUCACUGGGCCGUGCACUGCUUAAACAGGCAAGGAUACUGGUGCUUGAUGAAGCAACAGCGUCAGUUGACGCAGCCACAGAUAAUCUCAUCCAGAAAAUUAUCCGAACGGAGUUUAAGAAUUGCACUGUGUGCACUAUUGCACAUCGAAUCCCAACUGUUAUUGACAGUGAUCUGGUUCUGGUACUCAGUGAUGGUCGAGUUGCAGAGUUUGAUACACCUGCACGACUUCUAGAGGAUAAGACAUCGAUGUUUCUAAGAUUGGUAACUGAGUAUUCAUCAAGGUCAAGUGGCAUACCAGAUUUUUAAUUUAGAUGGCAUGCCAGAGAUCACACGAGUGAGUGCGGUUACGAGAGAGGACUAUCCUGAAGCAGCUAAUGCUGCUGCUGCUGCAUCGGGUAAAAAAUCAGCAAUAAAAAGAAGGACAAAGGUACCUAUCAUGAAGAAGAACGAAAUCCCAUUGGAGGUUAUUGGUUCAUAGUUCGAAAGUGAUUAUGGGUUGAUUUAUCCCCCUUUGUGGAGCUGGGGAAAUUCAUUCAUGGUUUACAUACUUCUAUAAAAAGGAAAUAAGUUGGGUUUGGUGGAGGUCGGUAAUAAUCAUGUACGUAAAAGAGAGAAGAAACAGGCGGCAGAUUUUGCGAUUAUAUCAUGUGCAAUAAUGUAGUUUCUAGUUUAGGGGAAUUUACAGAGCGGGACUAGUUAGUUUUCCACAGUUAUUAGUUGCAAGAAUACAGUUUUAGAUCCUGCAAGAAUGCUAUUUACACUCUCUGUUACCUGUAUCAAGAACAAGUCCUAGUUGAAAAUCCACGUCUUUUUGGUAAAAGUUUUGUUACAAAACUCUUUCGUGUCAACGAUUAGUAAUGUUUUACUGUCUGAAUAUCAUGUUGUUGAUUGCAAAUAUGUUAGAAAAAACAGCAAUUUUUUAUCCAGAUUGACAUAGUUUUUGCA